GGAUUUACAAUCAUCAGCUUUUUUAUGCUUAUAUUUAGACACGGUAUAUUUAAUAUUUUCAGGCCAAAAAUGAGCAGUCCAUGCAGAGCAGAGCAGGUCGCUCUGUGGCUUAAUGCUGAAGAAAAAGAAGAGGAAAAAGAGGAUCUCAAAACAUUACAGCAGGUCAAGUAGAUUCAAACAUUAAGACAGAAUAAAGAGGUUUUACUAUUUUUAAUAAGAAACACCUUUUCAGAAGGCAGCACUGCAGCUUUUAGUGCUGAGUCAGGACCAAGAAAGAAAGCAUUUGAUCAGAAUGAUACGUGAAAUCUGCCAGGAGGAAUCACUGGGGUCAGACUGCAAAAUGCUUUCCAAAGAAAACAGCGAGCAGGUCACUCUGAGAGACGGAUGUUUAAAAAGGCUGAAACAAAUCCAUGCUCAGACGCCAUCAGAAGUGCAAACACAUCUUCAGCUACAGGAUUGUGCCCCGCCUAUGAUGAUCCAUCUAACCAAGCUUCAAGAAGUCCAAGCUUUGACUUUACUACAAGCUCUGGCAGACCGGAAUCUCGAUGGCGUGCAAGCUCUGCGGGAUAAAUACAUCUACGAAAUACAAACGCAGCGCUUUAGCAGCCUGCUCCACCUCCUCAACACAGACUUUCCUGAUCCAAACCUGACUGACAACAGCAGCAAAGACCAGAGCAGGUCUUCAUGCGGCUCAGAUGAGGAGCACAUGAGCAAGGCAUCAGCUGAGGCUCCAGGAGCUGAUUCAAUUAAAAGUGAACUCGAUGAAGUUCCAGCUGAAGAGGACAAAAAGGAACUUUGUUCAGGUUGUGGAGCUGUCAUUGAGGAUCUACCCUACUUGGAAAUUUCGUGUGCAUCAGAUGUGCAGGCCGUGGCUCCUGAUGUAGAAGCUAACAGUGAAGAGAACAGUGCAACGGCGACCCCUGAGAGCUACGAGAAGCAGGAGUCUCUGAUCGCGCUUGCUUGGAGCAAACCGACCGACUGUGACACAGCAGAUGCUGGACAGAGUCCAGAUGUAAAGGGCAGUGAGAUGACUCCAAUCCUGCCUGCACAAUCUACAGAAACAGUCCAGCAAGGCGAUGGGGAGGAGCAGAAGUCGGCUUUGGCUCCAUGUGAUCCACAGUCUGCAGAUCAAACCACAACGGUAGAACAGAGAGAAAAAGCGGGAUGGGGAGACACCUCAGAAAAAGACCAUAAAAUGUGUGUAAAAGAAGAAGAGAACGCCCAGAAUAUGCAGGGAGAACUUUCUGGAGAUGCUGAUGACCUCGACUCUGGAAGGUCCAGUCUGAUUGCCGACGCUGACAGAGAGAUGAGCGAGGUGGAAAAGUGUCAAACUGAAAGCAAGUCUGACCAGUGUGACCUGGAAGAACCCUCUAAAUGUGAGGAGAUGCUUCACCAAGAAUCAGUGGCGGUUGAUGAAAUGGUCUCAGUGAGUAACCGUGAGAGGGAACAGACUCUAGUGGAGAAGGAGCGAAUGGCAGAACCGGUGUCGGUGAUGGAGAGGGAGAAAACCAUGCGCAACUUGGUGGAUAUACAAAGAAAGGUGGAGCAAAAGCAGCAGAGGGACAAAGAAAGACAGCUGCUGAGGGUUCAGGAGCGCCUGUCCAUCAUCCAGAACAGAAAGGCUGAAGGAGAUCUGCUGGGCGUUAAGCACACAGACCGGCUGAAGCAUCUCACCCAAGAUCUGUUAAAGAAAGACAAGAUCCGGCAGAAGGCGGUCGUUCGAGAGCGACUGGAGCAGGUGAGGAGAGAACGCUCCAGCAUCAUGCAGUCCAAACGGGACAGGAAUACUGCAGGAUUUAAGGAACUGCUGGCUCCAGUGGCUCAUCACCAGGACGUAGAAAGUGGAAGUGACUAAGACAAGAACGCCUUGGUUCUAAUGUCAUGCAAUAGUUGAAGUGUUAUGUUAAUAUGCACACUACUAAACAUUCUAACCAAUUAUUUUACUAUAAAAAUGUCAUUAAAAUUGUGGUAAUUUCAAAACUAUGUUUUUACAGCAAAAUAUGUGCUACGCCACCAACUUUUCUGUUUUUGGUCACGGCUUUAAGGAGAAUGGAAGAGUUCCAUCUUCUAUUUUAUACUAUUAUGUUAGUUUUUAGAACUCGUGUACCAUUUGGGGUACAUCGUGGGAUAGGCUCCAGCAACCAUUUGGCUCAGAAAGGGAUCAA